AUGGUUGGUGGAACCGUGGAUACAACGACCAUGUUGUCGAUGUUUACACAACUCAUGGAGGAGCAAAGGAGUGCUAUAUCAUCAAUGAUGUCAACAAUUAUGAAGGAGCAGAAGGACAUCAGGGUCAUCGAAAGCGCGCCAGAGCGUGAUCAAAGGGUCCGCAAGGCGGAAGAACCACUGGCACUCCCAAAUGUGAUGCAGCCUUGA